AUGCCAAGCGCCUUAGUAUCCAGAGCUGGAGUGGCCUUUGAAGAUAGGGAAUACUGGAAUAGCAUCCUCCUCGUUUCGGAAGCCAUCACAGCACUGGUAUGCAGUCCACUGUUCGGAUACAUACUCGAGACAUCGGGGACACGCCAGGGUCCGUACAUCUCUGGACUCGUGCUGUUGUUUGCAUCAAUGGUGAUUUUCAUGGCCUCGCACUCCGUGGCAUGGUAUAUCGUCGCACGAGUACUCCAAGGUGCAGCGACGGCGAUGGUAUCGGUUGCUGGGCUUUCGAUAGUGACGGAUACAAUUAAUAAAGCCAGUCUUGGGCAGAUGAUUGGAUACAUUGGUGCUGCAAUGACACUGGGAUUCAUUGCUGGCCCGUUGCUCGGUGGACUGGUGUUCGAGAUUGGAGGAUUCUAUGCGGUCUUCGGUAUGGCUGUUGGAAUAGUCGCUCUUGAUUUCUUUUUGAGACUUGCUGUUGUCGAGAAGAGAGUGGCUGAGCGUUGGUUUCGCAUUGCUGAUAAUGAACGGCCGACUGAAGAGAAUGGUUAUGUCUCUGAGCAGCCGCCAUAUGGGACUAUCAGAAACCGGACUCCUUCAUUCACGGUUGUAUCGAAGGGCACCUUUGCUUUGAGAAGGCUCUUGGGCCAGCCACGGAUUCUGAUCAGUUUGUGGGCUAUGAUUGUUGGGGCUCUUGUGGUAUCGGCAUUUGAUGCGACUCUGCCAAUAUUUGUCGAGAAUACAUUUCAUUGGAAUGUUUUAGGUGCCGGGAUGAUCUUCCUGCCAGGUGCCUCAGCUGCGAUCUUUCUACCAUUUUUCGGAUCUUUGUCUGGCCGCCUCGGGUCCAGAAUUGCUGCAUUUACAAGCUUCGCAGCUUUGGCUCCAACGCUGAUCUGCCUUCGUUUUGUAGAAGACAACUCAGCACCGCACAAAGCUCUACUCUGCGUGAUUCUAGUUUUCGUGGGUAUGUGCAUCGAUCUCAGCAAGCCGACUCUCAUAGUUGAGAUGCAGUGUGUUCUGGAUGAUAUGGAAGCUGCAGAUCCCGAAAUAUUUGGCGACACUGGCGCCAUAGCUCAAGCUUUCAGUCUAGAAAACAUGGCUCACUUUGGAGGACUUGCUCUGGGUCCGAUGGUUGGCGGGAUAGUUGAAUAUCGAUAUGGCUGGAAGGUGAUGACACUUGCACUGGGGAUUCUCUCCGCGGUAACCUCUGUUCCUAUGCUAUUUCUCAGUGGUGCUGUUGUAGAAGAUACUUGGACAGAGUCUGCUGACGAUGACUUGGAACGGGAACCCUUGCUGGCGGAGUAA